ACCCUCGCGUCUCAGUGCGAGGUGCGGGGAGACUCCUCUUCGCGUCCUAACACUCACAUCGCAGGUAGCAGAGCCGCGGAGGCGAGCAAUGUCAUAACACCUGUUCAGAAAAAUACCAAAAGUACCCCAGAUAGGAAACAGGAAGGAGGAAUUGGAGAGUGGAUAAUCACGUUAUAUUUUUAAAGGGAAGCGAGCUGCCUGUCCGAGGCAGAUAUGGGACUGGAGCUGUAUAGAAUAGCCGCGAUCGGGCUUUCGCAGCGCGGUUAAGCGACCGACUUGCCUGUAGCCCAUGAGGACGCACAAUGGCCAAACAGUACGAUGUGUUAUUCAGACUGCUACUGAUCGGAGACUCCGGGGUGGGCAAAACCUGUCUUCUCUGCCGGUUCACGGACAAUGAAUUCCACGCUUCACACAUUUCCACUAUAGGAGUUGACUUCAAAAUGAAGACAAUAGAUGUGGAUGGAAUCAAGGUGCGAAUACAGAUUUGGGAUACUGCAGGACAGGAACGAUACCAGACGAUCACAAAGCAGUACUACAGACGAGCCCAGGGAAUCUUUUUGGUAUAUGAUAUCACAAGUGAGCGCUCCUUUCAACAUAUUAUGAAAUGGGCUAGUGAUGUUGAUGAGUAUGCACCAGAAGGAGUUCAGAAAAUUCUCAUAGCCAACAAAGCUGAUGACGAACAGAGAAGGCAAGUAGGUGUAAAACAAGGUCAAAAGCUUGCAAAAGAAUAUGGAAUGGACUUCUUUGAAACAAGUGCCUGCACCAAUUAUAACAUUAAAGAGUCAUUUACUCGACUGACAGAACUAGUGUUACAGGCCCACAAGAAGGAGCUUGACGGACUUCGACUGUCAACUCCUGAUGAACUUGGCAUUGCUGAUUUAGAAGAAGAUGACAGCAAAACUGAGAAGAUGGAUAGUUCACAAAAAGCUUGCUGGUGCUAGAAGCAUAGCACAGAUGAAGAAUCCAAUUUAGUUGUCUGAGUCAUGCCUCAAAAAUUCAAGACCUGGUUGCCUGCUCCUACAUUGUGUCAUCUUAAAUAUUCAUCUGAAUCCUGCCUCUUCCUUGAGUUGGACUAAUUCUUACAUUGAUUCUUAUAGGUGUUGUAUUUUUGUCCCGGCUCUGUGAUUCAACAAUCUCUUGGACCAGGCUUGUUUGCUGUGCAUUUUGUACAGUUACCGUGCUGUAGUUCAUGUCCAGGUCAUCGACUGAUGAUUCAAGUAACCCAGUUUUUACAAGACUGCUGUUUCAGUAUUUGGUUUGUUUGUGAAUGGCCCUUCCAAGUAAUGCAUUUCAAGAUCCAUCAAUAUGCCAACUUCCUGAAAUAUCCCCAUUUGUGCAAUUAGUUUCUGCAAAGUGCUUUUAAUAUUUUUUGGUCAUGCUCAAUAAAAGUGUUCUGUUUGUCA